AUGGCCGACAACGAGAACUUCGAAGAUGAUCUCUUCGCCGAUCUUUACGAUGACAACGAAGCCGCAGCGGCAGCAGCACCAGCAGCACCAGUAGCACCGGCUCCAGCUGCUGCACCCGUCACCAGGCAAGCUGCACCAGCAGAAGCCGUUGCCCCUGCAGCUGAGCAUGAUGCAGCCCAGUACGAUCAAUACAUGCCCACGGGCGAUGACAACGGCCAUAGCGGUGAUUACCACGAUAACGAGGACGCCUAUGACGAUGACGAUGAUGUAGAUUUCAACUUGGGAAACGGAUCGUCAUCCGCUCACAAUGCUGGCCUUAGACAUGAAGAAGAGGUUGCCAUGCCAUCAUUCCACUCAAAGGGUCCAAGCAACAAAGGAGAAGAUGGGUAUCAGAAAGCAUCCAGGAAGGCCUCGAUCAUACCAUGCGUCAAACAUAGGCCCCUAAGAGAUCGCGAGAAGUCAGACUUCUUUGCUGGCUGUAACAAGGAUUGGCAGCGAAUAGCGCUCGAGGCCAUGACCUAG